UUCGACGUCAUGGUCAAGACUUGAAGAGCUCGACCCGUUGACGUUCGCGGACUUCCAAUGGAUGCCCGUUUCCCCCACCGGUCGAUUGCCGAAACCGCAUUGCAACGUGUUCAAGGCACAAUUGCGGGUUACUUGCACACUGCAGUACCAGCUCCGUUGAUGCACCGGUGGAUGCCCGCUUCCUUGGGCCACGUUUUGGACGGAGAUGGCAUUAAGCCUGAGGAGAGCAAGAUAGCGGCAAUUAGAGACUGGCCGACGCCCCGCACAUUGAAUGAAUUGCGGUCGUUCCUAGGCCUAGCUAAUUAUUACAGGAAGUUCGUGAGGAACUUCUCCACUAUCGCCGCUCCCUUGCGCAGGUUGCUAAAGAAAGAGGCAAUCUGGCAGUGGGAUAAAGACUGUACAUCUGCGCUUAAGAAACUGAAGCGCGCGUUAAUAGAGUAUCCUGUCCUCAAGGUAGCAGAUUCGUCCUUGCCAUUUGUCGUCACCACGGACGCAAGUCAGUAUUGUAUAGGCGCCGUGUUGCAGCAAGACGACGACAAUGGCUAUAGACCCGUAGAGUUCAUAUCCGCGAGGAUGCCCUCAGAGAAGGUAGCCACCUCGACGUACGAGAGAGAACUCUACGCUCUCAGGCAAGCCUUAGAGCACUGGAAGCAUUACCUGCUUGGGAGGCACUUCAAAGUAUACUCAGACCACGAAACUCUUAGAUGGUUAAAGACCCAGGCCAAGAUGACACCUAAGUUGACUAUGUGGGCCGCUGAGAUAGAUCAGUAUGACUUUGAGCUCAAACCGUUCAAAGGCAAGUACAAUGUAGUUGCGGAUGCUCUAAGUAGGAGAUCAGACUACUUUGGAGCUAUAGAGUUGACGCAGCUGAGGGAGCAGGAUGCCGAUGAACUGAGGAAGCUGAGGAAUCUUAACCUUCGAUUGGAGGAUGAUUUGAACAAGCUAAGGGCAGACUUGGUGACUUCAAACAAGCAGCUUAUGCUCCGACGCAGCAACCGCAUCGCAGCACGAGAAGGGCAGGCAGCCGUAGCAGAACAGCAGCUACCUCUGCCCCACCCCUCUGAAAUGGACACCCAGGGCAACCCCACGGUGGACAAUGCCGCAUCCGGCAGUCCACGUGAGGUGUGCAGCUCGAACCCCUCGGCCCCACAGGCCCAGCAGGAGGGUUCCUCUGCGACUUCUGUGGAUGCUGCACCAGUCCGGCAGCAAGGAGAGACCAUGACGGCCUUCCUGGCCCGCCUGGGCACCUAUAUGCAGCAAGUCCAAGAGGAGCAGCAACGCGAGGCGGCAGCCGAAGCAGCGCGCCGUAAUGCCAUUGCACGAGCAGAAGAGCAACGACGCCGGCAGCAAGCUGACGCAGCUGCCAACCACAACAGGGCUCGACGAGAUGCCGCGUCUGUCCUCAUGCAGCAGGAAGCCUCUCAUACCGCCGCACUCCAAGCAUGGUAUGUUGAUCCGGCGGAAACGACGGAACCAACUACAGAGGACCAGACCAAGUCAGCUCUCGCCAGCAUGAUGCACCAAGUCAUCCUCACUUGUAACUGGCAACAAGUGGAGCUGGCUCGGCAGGCACAUACCAUUAUUGAGUAUGAGGAGACUCUCAAGAGCCUCCACGCCCGCCUUGACAUGCUCGAGAAGGAUGACCGGUCAGUUGACGCGUUGAGCACGACCAUUGGGGAGCGCAGCCUAUACACGGACCUUGACCAAAUCGUGGAGAAGGCGUGCGAAGUCAUCCAAAUCAAUUGGUGGGCAGCCAACGAGCGGCGAAGCCAACCGAAUUUUGUGGAAAAGGGAAAAGGCCCGCAGCCGCAGCAAGUCGCUGCUGUCCAAGGAAAUGGACAAGAGAACGACCAGGCGAUGGCUCACGAGUCUAGUGAAGGAAACGGAGUCAAUGCCCUUCCGCCACGACGCAACGACAACAACAAGAAGAAGAAGGCGAAAUCUGUGUCAACAACGGAAGCCGGACAGCUGAAUGAGCCAUGGAAGAAGUUCAGCCUCACGGAGGAGCAAUACAAACUCCGCCAGAGGUGGAACUGUUGCUAUUGGUGCAACAACACCAAGCAUACGACGUCGCAAUGCCCUGACACGGCUAAGCUCGGGAAACUGAGCUUCACGGGAAGUGAGGCGACUCCACUUCCUACUCCGCCGGACACGGUUGCCUUGCCAGCAACCUCCUCUAUGUCCGGGGAACAUGCAUAUGUCGCCAGUCUUCGCGAAGAUUAUGAAGACUAUGCUGUCCAGCUGGUCCCGCCAUUGGACCAACCUCUCCACGUGCAAGACUCAUUUGCGUGUGCGACUUCAUCAUCAUCGCCAAGUGAACCAGCAUCCUCGCCAACAUCACUCAGGGACUCGUCAGUGUGGUCUAGACUUGAGGAACUCGACCCAUUGACACUGGAGGACUUCCAAUGGUUGCCUCUUCCCCCAUCUGGUUCCUUGCCGAAGUCGCAUUGCAACGCCCUAAUGGAGGAGCUACGCAACUACUUGCACGCUGUAGUACCAGCUCCGUUGAUGGAAGACGGAGUAGCGGUUGUUGACCUUCGUGAGUACAUUGCGAAGAUUGACCGCGAGUACGCCACGCAAUGGCACGACGACACCAACGCACCGUUACUCUACAUCCGCAUUCAGAUCGGGAAGGUGACCUACAGCACCUUGAUUUAUUGUGGAGCUACUCGCAACUACAUCAGCCAGGAUUUCAUGACCCGCGCCGACCUUGGGCCGCGCGUUCGAAGGAAAUCGCAGCCCACGCAAGUCACCGAGGACCACCCGGUGAACUUCUACCGCCGCACCGUUCACGUUCGUGACCGGAACGGGGUACUUGUGCCAUGUAUGGUCCCCCCACCUCAUCCUUCGAUCGGUUGUCACGUGGUCUCCGCGGCAAGCAUUCACAACUCCAUCGCACGGAACGACGUGGAGGAAAUGGGCAUUUGUUUCUUGCACGCCCUCCCUUGUCCCCACGAGCUAGCGGCUGAACAGCCACCGGAUCCACGCAAUGUACAACUUCUUGACUCUUAUGGCGACGCCUUUGAAGCCCCCACCGGAAUCGUACCAAAUCGGCCAAUUCGUCACGAGAUCAUCCUCGAAGACGGGGCCGUACCUCCGCGCGGAUGUGUUUACCGCAUGAGCGAGGAGGAACUCGAAGUGCUUCGAACGCAACUCGAUGACCUCAUUGAUAAGGGCUGGAUUCGCCCUAGCUGCUCGCCCUACGGUGCACCUGUUCUCUUCGUUCGGAAGAAGAACAAGGAGCUGCGCUUAUGCAUUGACUAUCGCAAGCUUAAUGCUCAAACCAUUAAGAAUGUCGGCCCACUUCCACGCAUCGACGAUCUUCUCGAACGUUUGGGCGGAGCCAAGUAUUUCUCCAAGUUGGACCUCAAGGCCGGGUGCCACCAGCUCGAGAUCCAUCCAAGAGAUAGGUACAAAACCUCGUUCAAGACACGGUACGGGCACUUCGAGUGGGUCGUAAUGCCAUUCGGCCUCACGAAUGCCCCGACCACCUUCCAAGCGGCAAUGACAACGGAGUUUCGCGACAUGUUGGACCGGUUCGUGCUCAUCUACCUCGAUGACAUCCUGGAGUAUAGCCGAACUUUGGACGAGCACAUCGUGCAUCUGCAUGCUGUUUUGGACAGGCUACGUACGGCCAAGUACAAGGCCAACGGAGCCAAGUGCGAAUGCGCACAACAAGAGCUUGAGCACUUGGGCCACUUUGUGACACCACAAGGCAUCCGUCCGCUUGCGGACAAGAUCAAGGCCAUCCAAGAUUGGCCGGAACCGACCAACACCACGGAGGUUCGCUCUUUUAUGGGAUUGGUCGGGCACUACCAACGCUUCAUCGAAGGAUACGCACGGAUCGCCGCACCUUUGUCCAGAUUGCAGUCUCCACAGGAUGGCGCACAGUUACAACAGACCGCGACGCAACAGUUGCAGCAGCGGGUCUGCACUACUGCCACCACCUCGAGUCCGGAGCCGCGCGAGACAGCUCCUAAGUUCGAUGGGCAGGAGAUCUUCCACGACUCAAUCAAGACAGAUCCAAUUCCAUUGUUUCGCAAGUUUGAGCUCGCACUGCAGCUCCACAACGUCAAGGAACACAAGCAUCACGCCUACUUGUACUCUCGCUCAGGGGGCGCGUGUCAGGCUUGGUUGGACAACCUGUUGUCCAAGUACGGAGUGGUAGCUAAUGACUUGCACACCAAGAUCACCUGGGAUGAUCUGAAGGCAGUGUGGCACAAGCGGUUCCAGGUGGAGCCGCCAGAGAUCAAAGCCAUGGACAAGCUCAUGGUCUUCGAACAAGGCACGCUGCCGAGUACGGACUGGAUCGCCGAGUACCAACGUUUGACGCAAGGGCAGACAGGGAAACUGAGCACCGCCGAGAGUGAUGCGACGACACUCUCGACGCCUUCGCAACUGGUUUCUUCGCGAGUAACCAACCUUCAUUCCGAGGCGCACGCGGAAGUCGACAGUCCUCCGCUUCUAUUUUCUUUUGAGGACUAUGCUGCCCGGCUCGUUCCAACGCUGGGUACUCAAGCUCAAGGACAAGGAGUGUGUGCGGUUUCUUCUCCGUCUGGCAACAGCGACAAAUUGUCUUCAAGUGGUUCAUCACGGGAUUCGGCGCGCGAGUUCAAUGUUGAGGCAUUGGACCCGCUCACGUCUGGGGACUUUGCAUGGCAUCCUCUCCCGACCACAGGCUGUUUGCCGGGACCGCAAUGCGCAGCACUUAGCGCUAAGCUUCACACUUACUUAUCCUUCUAUGCACCACCAACUUUGCCGACGGAUGACGAAGUCGCGGUGGCGGACAUCCUGGCAUAUAUUACCAAGGUGGCCCGCGAGUUUCGCACGCAGCGGUACGAUGACAACAACGCACCGCUCAUGUAUGUCCGCAUCCACGUUGGGCAAGCAUCCUGCAGCGCUUUGCUGGAUAGCGGCGCGUCUCGCAACUUCAUGAGCCAGUCUUUUAUGCAAAGAGCUGGCCUUGGCGCACAAGUUCGGAGGAAGGCAAACCCGACGGCGAUCAAGUUGGCGGAUGGUAAGACGCAACAACUUCUCGACCGUUACAUCGAGGCUGUACCGGUCUACUUCGCACCUCAUGCAUGCGAACCGGUGACAUUCGAUAUUCUCGACACGGACUUCGACAUCAUUCUGGGAAUGCCUUGGCUCGCAAGUGCGGAUCACACGGUAAACUUCCAUCGGCGGACUCUUAUCGUUCGCGACGCCUUCGGCGCGGAAGUGGCGUGUACGAUUCCUCUACCGCACUCUUCAAUCCGGUGCCAAGUAGUGACGGCCAAAUCAUUCCGGGCGACUUGCACGUACGAGCAGCCCGAGGAGAUCGGCCUAUGUUUCCUACGGACCGCCGCGGUAGCCGACUCUUCACCCACGGACUUGUCUUCGGACCCCCGUGUGGUACGGUUGCUGGACGAGUUCGCCGACAUCUUUGAGUCACCUACCGGUGUGGUGCCGGGUCGGCCGAUCUCUCACGAGAUCAUUCUUGAGGCCGGUGCCGUGCCGCCGAAAGGUUGCAUCUAUCGGAUGAGCGAGGAGGAGCUUGAGGUACUCCGCGCACAACUCGACGAUUUUUUGGCCAAGGGUUGGAUCCGCCCGAGUAGCUCCCCAUAUGGAGCACCAGUUGUCUUCGUGAGGAAGAAGAACAAGGAUCUACGAUUGUGUACCGACUACCGCAAGCUCAACGCACAAAUCGUCAAGAAUGCGGGGCCUCUUCCUCGCAUCGACGAUCUUCUCAAGCGUCUGGGCGGCGCGAAGUAUUUUUCCAAGUUGGAUUUGAAAUCGGGAUAUUAUCAAGUCUCGAUCCAGCCGAACAAUCGCUACAAGACCGCGUUCAAGACGCGAUACGGGCAUUUUGAGUGGGUGGUCAUGCCUUUUGGCCUCACCAAUGCCACGACGACAUUCCAGGCGGCGAUGACCAAUGAGUUCCGUGCAAUGUUGGACCGCUUCGUGCUGGUCUACUUGGACGAUAUUCUCAUCUAUAGCCGGACAUUGGAGGAUCCUCUUGGACAUCUUCGACGAGUGUUGGAGACGCUCCGCCGUGCCAAGUACAAGGCCAACCGCGACAAGUGCGAAUUUGUCCAGCAAGAGAUGGAAUACUUGGGCCAUUUUGUCACACCGGAGGGCAUCAGUCCGCUCUCGGACAAGAUUCAGGCCGUCCAAGAGUGGUCGGAGCCUCGGAAUGUCACGGAUGUCCGCUCGUUCCUCGUCCUCGAGCAACAUGAUGGUGUGGACUGGCACCCGGUCGAGUACUUCAGCAAGAAAGUGCCCCUCGUGCAUUCCAUUGACGAUGUACGCAAGAAGGAGCUCCUCGCCUUCGUCCACGUGCUCAAGUGGUGGCGGCACUUCCUCCUUGGUCGAAGCCAAUUUCGUUGGGUAACGGACAACAAUCCGUUGGUCUUCUACAAGACCCAAGACACCGUCAACAGCACCAUCGCUCGAUGGAUGGCUUUCAUCGACCAGUUCGACUUCUUUCCCGAUCACAUUCUCGGGAAGUCGAACCGUUUUGCGGAUGCUCUUUCACGGCGUCCGGAUCACUGUACCGCGAUCUACUUAACCUUCGAGAUCGACGACGACCAGCAGAACAGCUUCAUCCGCGGCUACGAAGCCGACUCCGAUUUUCGCGACAAGUAUGUGAAUUGCUCCUCUCCUAAUCCGGCUCCUUCUCACUACCGGAUCCAAGAGGGGUACUUGCUUGUCCACACGCGGGGGAAGGACCUUCUUUGCGUAUCGAGUGAUCCUCACUUGCGUACACGGCUUCUUGGCGAGUUCCACGACGCUCCCGCCACUGGACAUUUUGUAGUCAAUCGCACGAUUGGCCGACUUCGCCAGCGAUUUUGGUGGCCCGGCCUUCUCGGCGACGUCACGCGCUAUUGCGAGUCAUUCGAGGUUUGCCGACGCUGCAAAUCCCGCAACCAUCGUCCGUACGGCGAGUUACGACCAUUGCCAGUCCCGUUGCGGCGAAGGGAAGCGAUUGCCAUGGACAUUACCGGCCCGUUCCCCAAGCACAAGACCGGAGUGUAUGGGAUUCUCACGGUGGUCGACCGACUCACCAAGUUCGCCAUGUUUCCGCCUUGUCGCUAUCAUGCCAAGGCACCGGAGUUGGCCGAGGUCCUGUACGCCGGUUGGAUUCGCACCAAGGGUUACCCCAAGGAGAUCGUCUGCGACCGCGAUACUCGGUUCAUGUCCGAUUUUUGGUUGGCGCUCAUCAAGCGAUGCGGCUCAUCUCUCAAGCCCACGGAUCGUGACGACUUUCCCGGGAGACGUACGCAAGACCCACCUUCUAUGGAUGGUUUUCAAGAGGUCGGCGACAUCAUCUCCCAGCGACGCUACGGCAACAAGCCAACUGAGUAUUUGGUGGAGAAUUUGCAAGACGUCAACAAACGACUGCAAGAGUAUAAUACCAGUCUCCAGCAAUACAACAGUAAACUGCAGGGUGACACUGUGACUGCACAAGAGGCCCUUGCCAUCUCACAGAGGGAGAAGGCUGCAGUUAUGGAAGAAGUCGGUAGUUGCAAGGGGAUGAACAUGGCCUUACAAAGUCAACUGGAGUCAGCACAGAGGGCAACUGAUGACCUUUUUCGGCAGCAAAAAGUCAUGCAGGAGGAGACCCAACGAAUGCAGUUUGAAAUCCAAAGGCUGCUGGAAGAUCGUGAGCGCAAGGCAGAGGAAAACAAUGCUUUGGCUUUGGAGAAUGCUCGCUACAAGGAAUGCACAGGAAAGUCAGCAGCAGAGCUAGAGCAGCUGAGCAUAAGAGAACAGGCGCUUAAGGUACAUUCCAGCACGCCAUGAAUAGGAUCUUCCAUGACUACUUGGAUAAGUUCGUUGUUAUGUACCUCGACGACAUACUUAUCUUUAGUAAAAGUGUCGAAGAGCA